ACGCAUGCCAUAGGUUGCCUACCCCUGGUUUAUAAGGUUUUAUAAGAAGAUUAUUAUUAUUACUUGCAUUACUGCACUGCUAUAACUGCAUGACAUUCAAUUUUCCCAGUGUGGAAAGAUUAAAGGCAGUGUACUACUAGCCUUUGAAACUGCAGUGGGAUUUGCUCCGGUAUCCUUUGCCAAAAUUUCACUACUCCCUCACCGUCAUUGCUUUAUAUUAGUUCCAACAGAGAGGUGGCUACAUUUCAGUGAUGCUAUAAACCUCUUUAGAAUCCUUCAGAAAGGAUAACUAUACACUUAUUAUUAAAACUAUGUAUUAAAAAAACCCUCAAAACAUUAGAGAUUCAGGUCAUUACUCUUCCACAAAUUUCACUCUCUGCCAAUAGUUUAUCCCCUAUAAUUGCAUUGGUGGGGAUUAAGGCCUACAAAUUACAUUCAUACUAAGCAUCUCUGGUCUAGCUCUUCCUCUUGAUUUCUGUCUUUCUGUCAAACAUAUCUCCUUCUGCCCUUUAACUGUCCAUCUAUCUCCUCUACUUCAUCCUUCCACAUCCAUGUCAACUUUCCAAAAUAUAUAAUGUUGCCGAUUUAUAGCAUCCCAAGGGGUUUGAAUCUGGGAUAGAAUGACCAAAACUGGGAAAAUUUUCACAGUUUUGGGAAGAAAAGGCAAGUAUUGAUUCAAAGUACCAUAUGAGCCAAACUGUAAAAUAUACAAGUGUCAUUUGCUUUUUUCUCCCUUCUCUCCUUAUUUCUCCACUUCUCCUUUGAUACCCUGAGUCUUUUCUUCAAUCUCUUUUAGUGUCUAAUUUUUCACCUUUCAGAAAAUGUUACAGUUCACUCCCCGCUUCCUGUUAAAAUUCUCUUUCUUCCAUUUUUUCUUUUCUGAUUUGGCCACCCUUUGUUGACUUUCAGUAUUUUUUUCCUUCUCUUUUGCCAUUUCUCUCCAUCUCUGGUUCCUUUUGCAAUGGGUGCUGCUCACCCUCCCAAUGUGGGUGUCUUUAAACUAGAGAUGGUGAGAUCAUUACAUUAUUUGUGCUAGAGAAACACCUGAGUCAGAAUCAGGACACCAAGGUGCUAGGUGCUGUAUAAACAGUCUCUGUCCCAAUAAGCUCUUAGUCUUGAAUAUGAGGCUACUACCCUCUCAUUGCAAGUGAGUUAACCUCCCACCUCUGCCCCCUUCCCUCCUCUCACUCAAACAGGACCCUCCCCUUACACUGAACUUCAGGCCAGAGGCGCCCCAUCUCAGUUUGAUGGAUGUAAUUCUGUACCAAUUAACAGCCUCUCAGAUGGCGGAAGGGGGAGGAGAGUCUUCCCUGCGCCAAUAGGAAGGCAGAACUACCACAGGAGUCAGCCCCUUUGAUCUUUAGAGGUAUUAAACUCAGCCCCUUCUUCCUCUUCCCGACCACUGAAUGAAUGAAGUCUCUUUUGGCCAAUGAGAAGUUUCCGUUCGGCUUGAUGGACUUUCCCAGUCUCCAAUAGGAGCUUAGAAUAGUGCUGUAGCCUCCAAUGAUAUGUCAAUGAUGAGCGACAUGGGCGGAUUCUGCCUCCCAGGCGGGCGGAGAAGGCCGCGGUUAUCGAUCCCGCUGCUGGAGGGAGGCGGCGGCGGCGGCGAAGCAGCAGAGAAAAUGGCGGCCAUGGCUGCGGAGGCGGUGGCGACUGCAGCGGUGCCGGGCGACGGGGGAGCCGGCGAAGCCGAGCCCGAGAUGGAGCCCAUCCCGGGCAGCGAGGCCGGCGCAGACCCCCUGCCCGCUGUCAGCGAGGCCGUGGAGUCGGCCGUGCCCGAUGGGGACGAGGCCGACGGGGGAAAGCCCGCUCCGGGGGAGGCCGAGGAGCCGCCGCCGCCCGUAGAGCUCGCCCGGAGCCCGGCUAGGACCCAGGAACCGGAACCUGCGAGGACGGAGCCGGAGGAACCGGAGCUGAGUUCGCCCCAGUCCGAGCCUAGAGAAGCGCCCAGCCCGGAGCCCGAGGAGGCGCCGCAGCCCUGCCCGCCGCCUGCUGGGCACCCUGAACUUCCCGAGGAGGAGCCGCAGCCCUGGCCGCCGGCUGCUGGGGGCCCCGUGGAGCCGGAGCCCGGGGAGGAGCCGUGCCGGCCGGAGGAGGAGGAGCCGGAUGCUGCUGAUGCUGCCGCUGUAAAGCCGGAGUCCCCGGCUGCCGGCUCCCCGGUGGCCCCGGCCGGGGGGGAGGCGGAGGCUCCGCUACUGCCUGGCUCGGAGGUGCGGGUCACCCUGGACCACAUCAUCGAGGACGCGCUGGUGGUGUCGUUCCGGCUGGGGGAGAAGCUCUUCUCCGGGGUCCUCAUGGACCUCUCCAAAAGGUUUGGACCCCAUGGAAUCCCUGUGACCAUAUUUCCUAAAAGGGAAUACAAGGAUAAACCUGAAGCCAUGCAGCUCCAAAGUAAACCAUUCCAAGAUGAGACACAGGUGAAGUGUGAAGCCAGUGGUGCAGUCCCUGAUGACUCUUCUUCUCCCAUUCAGCCAUCAGAACCUAGCCUUGCAAAAAGCCUAUGGACUUCUAAACCACCUCCCCUCUUCCAUGAGGGAGCGCCAUAUCCUCCUCCUUUAUUUAUCAGGGACACGUAUAACCAAUCAAUACCUCAGCCUCCGCCCCGAAAAAUUAAGCGGCCCAAGCGGAAAAUGUACAGGGAGGAACCCACUUCUAUUAUGAAUGCUAUCAAAUUACGACCGAGGCAGGUCUUAUGUGACAAAUGUAAAAACAGUGUUGUUGCAGAAAAAAAAGAAAUUAAAAAAAGUGGCAAUGCAAGUGACUGCUUAAAAUAUGAGGAUCAUAAAAAGCGAAGAAAUGAGAGUGUAACUACUGUGAAUAAAAAACUUAAAACUGACCAUAGAGUAGAUGGAAAAAGCCAAAAUGAAAGCCAGAAAAGAAAUGCUGUGGUCAAAGUUUCAAAUAUUGCCCACAGCAGAAGCAAAGUAGUUAAAGUUCCUGCUCAAGCAAACACUUCGAAAGCUCAGUUAAAUACUAAAAAAGUUCUCCAGAGCAAAAACAUGGAUCAUGCAAAAGCUCGGGAAGUUUUGAAAAUGGCCAAAGAGAAGGCACAAAAGAAACAGAGUGCAACUUCCACUUCCAAAAAUGCACAUUCAAAGGUCCAUUUUACACGACGUCUUCAGAACACCAGCUCAGGUUCCCUUCCACCCCGAUUGCGUUUAAAACCACAAAGGUACCGGAAUGAAGAAAACGACUCAUCUCUCAAGACAGGACUUGAGAAAAUACGGAGUGGCAAGAUGGCAGCUAAGCCCCAGUCUCGCUGCUCUUCCACCCGCUCAGCAGGUGAGGCCCCUUCAGAAAAUCAGAGCCCCUCAGAAGGCCCUGAAGAGGCCAGCAGUGAGGUUCAGGACACGAGUGAAGUGCAUGUAACUGUUGAUCAGGAUGAACACCAGACAUUGGGCAAGAGAGGCAGCAAAAGCAAUAUAACAGUUUACAUGACCCUUAAUCAAAAGAAAUCUGACUCUUCCAGUGCAUCAGUGUGUAGUAGUGAUAGCACAGACGAUUUGAAAUCCACCAACUCAGAGUGUAGUUCUACUGAAAGCUUUGAUUUUCCUCCAGGCAGCAUGCAUGCACCUUCCUCCUCCUCCUCCUCCUCUUCAAAGGAAGAGAAAAAGCUCAGUAAUUCCUUGAAAAUGAAAGUCUUUUCCAAAAACGUCUCUAAAUGUGUCACACCAGAUGGCAGGACCAUAUGUGUAGGGGACAUUGUUUGGGCCAAGAUUUAUGGCUUCCCUUGGUGGCCAGCCCGUAUUCUUACUAUAACUGUGAGCCGGAAAGAUAAUGGCCUUUUAGUUCGACAGGAGGCCCGCAUUUCGUGGUUUGGGUCCCCAACAACAUCUUUUCUUGCUCUUUCACAACUGUCCCCCUUUUUAGAAAACUUUCAGUCGCGCUUUAAUAAGAAGAGAAAGGGCCUUUACCGCAAGGCCAUCACAGAGGCAGCUAAGGCUGCUAAGCAGCUGACUCCCGAAGUUCGGGCCCUGCUGACACAGUUUGAAACGUGAACGUGGAAAGUAAGCUCAGAGACACUAGGCACCCGCUGUUUUUAUGGAACCUCACCACACUGCCACGAGGAACACCAGCUCAUCAGGAAUGACAAACAUUUGAGACUGAAUUGUCAUAUUUUUCCUCUGAAAUUUUAAACAGAGGGAAAAGAGGGCAGGGUGAAUGUGUUAAACAAAACCACCCCCACUAAUCCUGUUGGGGACCUGUAUCUAUUGUAUAUUUCCUUUGAAGUUUAAAAAGAUGUUAGGAAAUAUUUUAUAAAACUUUUUUGCAAUAAAUGACGCAUGAGAUGGGGAGAGACUAUACGAAGUGUUCAUGCAAGGAACCACUUGAAUUAUUAGUAUGAAGAAUCACUGCGAAUAAUUUUUUUUUUUUAAUGUGACGGUCUAAUCAAUAUGUUUGACAGGCCCCAGUGAUGGAGCCAAUUGCCUGGAAAGAUGACUGUAACUUUUGAACUUUUGUUUUGAUUCUUAGCUUUAGCACUGCAUUUUCCAUUCUCCAAGGCUUAGUUAGUAUUUAGUAUGGGUGUUAGCAGAGCUAUAACCUGUGAUCUAAAGCAUGUCUGAAAGCAGCUGUAUUGUAAAAUAUGAACAGUCUUGUUAAAUGAGACCAAUGUUUCCAAGAGAGGUGAUGGGCAGGAUGACAACAGUAACUCCAUGUUUCUGUAAUUUAUGGGAAAAAUCUUCUGGCAUGAAAAUGGUUGUUCUAUUCUUAUGCUGAUGUAACACUUUGGGAAUUGAGGAUUGUUGGAAACGUAUCAAGAAGGGCUACAUCUCUGACAGCAUAGUCAUUUCGAUUUGCUUGUGAUGCUAUAGCAGUACGGGAUUCAAGAAUGGAUACUGAUAAGAUAGGAUAGCAGUCGUUUGCCAGGUCAUUGUUUUCCCAACCCCUCCCCCUUCCAGCCCAGAAUAGAGCUCAUGCAGGCAGCUAGUACAGCAAGAGUUUCCAUUAGUAGUUCCAAUGGUAGUUGAUUUAAUAGAAUCAUAGAAAUGUCAGGCUGGAGGGGAUCUUGAGUGUCCAGCCCCCUGCUCGAUUUGCAUUGCCUCAACUUCUUUGGAUACCAUUAAAUCAAAAUUAGAAGGCCAAAUCUUUUAACCUCUUUCUUCCUUUCUCCAAAAGAUGUUUAGUAAUAGUUAUUUCAGCUGAAGCUAGUGAAUGUUGACCAUACUGCUAGAAUAUUAGCUUGUUAAUUUAUUUGCCACUGAUUGUUUUAAUAUUGUGUGCACGUUUUCUUGACAAUAUGGUUUCCUGUGCUAUUCUUAAUGAUAGAAGGGGAUUCACUGGAUGCCUGACUUGGGAGAAUAAAUAUUUAUUUUGGAGAAAUGAAAAUGUGCACAUAAUCUAAAGAUCUAAUAAAGUACAAGUUCCUCUUUCGAUGGAAAUGCAAAGGCUUGUACUAAACUCUUUUCCUAUUUACAAAUAUUCUGAUCUUAUCAGGGAAUGUAAAAUAUCUUUCUACAGGUUAUCUGCAAAGAGAGCACCUUUUCCAAAAGUCUCUGGUUUCCAAAGGCACAAAUAUGGUUUCAUAACCGGUGUGCAUAGAGCAUGAAUUAAGUAACCUUUGAUUUCAAAUCAUGGUGACCAUAGAUGUAUAUUUUUUUCCUCGUUGCUUUGGUAUUUGGUAACAAAUCCAUAUUUUUAGCAGAGCAGAGGAAACAAUAAUCCACACCCAGGAAAGAUAUAUUGGUGGUACAUAUAGUCAAAGGCAGUUCGAUAUUAGAGAUUUAGUAGUUACUUUGGUUUGAUUAGUGGUAACAUCAUAAUUUAUUUAUAAAACCAGAAACUGAAACCAUAGCACCUAUUUCUUUAAAAAACUAUUUUAGUUGCACAUUGCUGUUGUACAGUAGAUUCAAAUUGUGCUACUUUUCAUAAUAAACUGCAGGUUUUUUUAAAAAUAGAGAAUAGUAAUUAUUGUUCUGCAGUAUUCUUCCUUUCUAAUGUAGUCAAAGCAGAGGGUCAGCAGUCUGGUCCUGCUCCACUGCCCGAAAUAUGACCAAGAUUUAUUAUAAAUUAAAGCAUCUCACUCUUAGGUUACAUCUGUACCAUGAGCUAGGUGUGCGACUCCCAGUUUCUGUACACAUACAUGUGCUAAUUCUCAUGGAGCUAGCGUGAGUAUAAAUAACAGUGUAGCCGCAGUAGCCUGGAUACCAGCAGCAGAGCCAUAGCUUCGUGGGGCCUAGAAUGUACCCACCAGUCUCAAGCAGGUUUGUAUUCAGCAGAGCUAAGCCAUGCCGCCGCUGCAGCUACAAGUGCUACCACAGCUACACUCCUAUUUAUACUCAUGGUAGCUUAGGGACACCUCAUGCAGGAAUGUGUAGGCAAGUUGGGAUCACACUCCUAGGUGGUAGUGUAGACAUAGCCUUAGAGAGAGGGGGGGACAGGGUGCAGUGAGUUAAUGUGCUAGCCUUUUACCUCUGGAGACCAAACCCUGAUUGUAUUACAAGUAGAUGGGGGUCUCAUCCCCACUGGGGGAAUCACUUUUAUCCACGUGAAAACAAAAAACAAAACCACACCAGACAACAUGGCACAAAACAGUUUCUGCUCAGGAAAAAGGCCCAGGACUGUAAUAGCAGGGUUAUUCCAUGCUGGGAUUGAAAUGAUUGAUGUUGUGUGUGGAAGCCAGUAGUGCCUGCCUAUAUGACAUCUGACUCUUAACCAGUGCUCUUACUGCCUUUCCUGCAGGAGCAGGAGCACACAUCAGUUGGAGUAGACAGAACAUUAUAGUUUGAGAGAAAUGCAGAUCUCUGCAUUGGAGAGUAUGGGUAAAUUAAGCAAAUAGAAAGCUUAAAAAAUAGACAAGGUGGCAAACUGUAUUUGCUCAUAAAAAUGAGUUUAUUUUCAUGGGAAGUAGUGCAGCCAUUUUGUUUGAAACCAGAUUUUCAUUUUGAAGUGAAACUGUCAGGGAUAUUUUAAUGACUGAGAAGUACAGUAAUGUAUUGCUUUUCACUUUUUGGCUUUAGUUGCUUAAUAUUUAAGCUUUGCUCCAUGCUACCUUUUUGUCUGUAUAUUGAAUGGUCACUAUGCCUCCUUCAUUUUGUAGACUUGAAUGAGGGGGGAAAAUUAUUCACUUUUAAGGUUUGCUCAGAGGUAAAUGUUAAAGAAUGUUGUGUAACAUUUAUUCAAAUAAAGCCUUGAUUUUUUUUUUCA